UACCCCGGCACCUUCGGCUCCUUCCGGCGGAGACUACAUUUCCCAGAGUGCCCCGCGGGCCAGGAAGGCGCGUGGGGUUGUGAGGCCUAGAGCCCGGACUGAGGCAAGAUGGCGGGUUCGCGGUGAGCUGCAGUCCAGGGGUGAAGAUUGUUAUAUCUAGAAGCCGAUUUUAAAAAGCAGUUUCUCUUCAAAUCAUCUUUAUACCACCUGAUAAGUAUUUUGAUUCACCAUGGCAUUGGCAGCAGUAAAAUGGGUAAUAUCAAGCAGAACUAUCUUGAAACAUUUAUUUCCAAUUCAAAACGGAGCCUUAUAUUGUGUUGGUCACAAAUCUACGUAUUCUUCUCUUCCAGAUGACUAUAAUUGCAAAGUAGAGCUUGCUCUGACAUCUGAUGCCAGGACAAUAGUAUGCUAUCACCCUUCUGUGGACAUUCCAUAUGAACACACAAAACCUAUCCCUCGGCCAGAUCCAGUGCAUAACAAUGAAGAAACACAUGAUCUAGUACUGAAAAGCAGAUUAGAAGAAAAAAGUGAACACUUAGAGCAAGGACCCAUGAUAGAACAACUCAGUAAAAUGUUCUUUACUACUAAGCACCGUUGGUAUCCUCGUGGACAGUAUCAUAGACGUCGUAGGAAACUGAAUCCUCCAAAAGACAGAUGAUAUUGAUGUUUUUAGGAAUCAAAGAGGAGUGUUACCCUGGAUCUCAUUUGCCUUUUGAGAAGAUACAAUUGGGUGUAUUCACUAAUAUGUUAUAUAGUAAAAUAAUAAUAAAACAUCUUUUCAUAUAUUA